CUUACAACACAUGAGGUUGAGGCACAUUGGUCCCGCCGCCCGCCGCGCUCGCUCGUGCCGCCGCACACUCGCGCGCGUAAACCAUGCCUUCCUGGUGGGACUACCUCCACUUCAACCGGCAAUACAACAAUAAAAGAAACCUAGAAGAAGGACUCUUCCAAAUCGCGUCCCAAACCUGUAACAUCCUCGUCAAAGUGAACAACACGAAUAAUAUAAACUUAACAAGAAAUAAUCGGAGUGACGAGUACGGUUGCGCCGGACCCCCUGAAGGCAAAAGUUCCAUGCAAAUUUGCAUUCCCAAGUUCAGAAAGAACUCCUUGACGGCCGGCUGUAACCCUGGACUCUCGACUGUGCUCGAGUCAGGGAGUGUGGGGAACGCUUCAUCAUCAGAUGAGGAGUUGGAGCAGUGGGAACAGAUCUUCAUGAUGAGAGACGAAAACGGCAACAGUUAUAAUGACAAAAGAAAGAAGAAAAGCAUAUGGUGUCGGCCGUCAUGCAUCCCUGUCUCCAUAGUGAUAGUGCUCAUAGUACUAGUAGUGUUAGUCCCGCUACUGGACCAGCCGAACAUUGCGCCCGCGCUCCCUAACGCCCCGGCGCCCAUAUAUUGCUCAGACGAGUGUAGAUUAUCUUUAGUAGAAACAAUUCCAGAGGGCCAUAUGUACCCUCCAAACAUAACUCAUACCCCCACAAAGCAAGUGUGGUUAGAUUUAAUAGAUGAAGCUCAAUCAACCAUAGAAAUAGCGUCUUUUUACUGGACUCUUAGGUUUAAUGAAGAAUAUCCAUAUAAUUCCUCGAUUGAGGGAGAACAAGUGUUCCAGGCGUUAUACGCCGCUGGGUCAAAAAGGAAUAUAAAUUUGAAGAUUGCUCAAAAUUGGCCCACUAAGUUAUUUCCUAAUAUAGAUACUGACUAUUUAGUUAAGAAGAAAGCUGCCCAGGUACGAAGCCUGAACUUCUCCAAGCUGUUGGGAGGGGGUGUGCUCCACACCAAAUUCUGGAUUAUCGACCGCCAGCACUUUUAUAUCGGCAGCGCCAAUAUGGACUGGCGGUCGCUUACACAGGUGAAGGAGUUGGGUAUCGUCGCGUACAACUGUUCUUGCUUAGCCACGGAUUUGGGCAAGGUAUUUGAUGUUUACUGGAGCCUGGGCGACAAAGAUGCAGUGGUACCAGACACGUGGCCCGCCAACCUCAGCACCGACAUCAACAUCGAGAACCCCAUCAACAUCACCGACAAGUAUCACAGCGUCGGCGCCUACAUCACUAGCUCACCACCGCCCUUCAGUCCACACGGGCGAACCAACGACGACGACGCGAUAGUAUCCAUCAUAGAAUCCGCGGAAGAGUUCGUUCACAUCUCCGUUAUGGACUACGCGCCCGUGUUGGAGUUCACACCCAAACUGAAAUUCUGGCCAAAAAUCGACGACGCGAUCCGUCGCGCAGCGCUCGAGCACCGUGUCAAAGUGAAGAUGCUGAUCAGCUGGUGGCAACACUCCGCGCCUUCGGAAGAGAACUUCUUGAGAUCACUCGUCGCGUUAGCAGCGGCUUAUCCACGCGUCGACUUGCAAGUGAAACGCUACAUAGUCCCAUCUACGCCCGACCAGGCAAAGAUCCCGCACGCGCGAGUCAACCACAACAAGUACAUGGUGACGGACCGCUCCGCCUACAUCGGCACAUCCAACUGGUCGGGGGACUACUUCGUUGAUACUGCCGGGGUCGCCUUCGUUCUACAGGAACCCCGCGCCUCCAACGUGACCCAGGACAUCCGCGCACAGCUAGAAGAUCUAUUCGAGCGAGACUGGAACUCGCCCUACGCCGUGCCACUGCCGCUUAGCCCCUUGGUACCGCUCCGACCACGGUUAUAGUAGAGGAACUACACAAUGUAGGGUAG